AAUUGAGUCUCAGCUGCUGCGGUGUCUCUCUCCGCACAUCGCAUUGAGAAGCCCAGGACCCCAUUGAAAGCAUUUCGCAGUGUUACUCAUCGCAACCGCAGUGUGUAGCAGGGAGCAUUGAGAACCACACUGGCCACCAAUACGAGAGGCUUGGCAACGAGCUAUUGUGUGUGUGCACUGUGUGAUUCCUACUGCAACCAGACUCGAGGAGGAGAGGAUCGACCGGGCAGGUUACACGUGAAUCGGCGGUGUUUUGGAUUCUAGGGUGUUUGCGCAGGAAACGGCAAUCCGACGCCAGUGACCGGGCAGGUGAUGCUUGCUCACGUAAGGCGCACGCGUGUGCUGAGGGGCGCAGGGGAUUCGACUGGAGGGUGCGCUCCACUGUUGCACCGCCUCACCGGAUAACAGCGAUCUCAUCCUGUCUGGUCUUUCCCCGGGGUCCUCUCUUUUGAUAGCGGAUUUACCAGACAAAUAAUUUUUCUUCCUCCGUUUUUUCCCCCCUCUCAAGCCAGACGUGGGAUCAAGGUCCUGAGCUUGCGUGGAGUGUUUAUCAUUUAUUUUGAUUUUGCCCCUUUAAGCGCACAAGCUGUAAGCGCAAAAGCUUUUUUCCCACCCGGAGAGGCAAUGUGCCCACCCAUGCGAUGCUAGCCUAUUAGCUGGGGGGAGAGAGAGAGAGAGAGAGAGCGGCGGGGAGGAGAGAGGGAGAGGUUUCAGUCGGGAAGUCAAGGGAAGACUAAUUUACGAGUCUUGCUUUGCCUUUUAGGAAAGAGCAGAAGAGGCGGAGGGUGGUUGGCAAAGGAGAAUGCAGCAGGCACAUUUUUUUAAGAAUGCAGGAGAAGCGGGCCGUUUCCGGUUCCUAAGCUAGGGUGCGAUAGCGUGUGUGUGUGUGUGUGUGUGUGUGUGUGUGCGCGCGCGCGUGUGUGCGUGCGUGCGUGUGCGAGUGAGCGCAUGUUGAUUUUCGCGCGUGUACGCGGGUGCGAGUGAGAGUGUGUGUUAGCGUGUUAUUGAGUGUGUGCCUCUCAUCCGAGGCCAGCAGCCGUAUGGGGAAAGCGGCGGCACACACAGAUGGCAUGGACACUUCCACAAGGUCUGCCGCUCUGCCUCUGCCCUGCCUCCCUUGCCGGAGCUUGUUCGCAGCCGUCUCUCUCUCGCAGCUCCCUCCGCCGCCUAGCAGCACUGCACCACAGCACAGGGUGACGGUAUGAGGCUUGAUCCAGUGCAUUUCUCCAUGCUGGUCAUCGGGGUCUCGUUCGCCUGUUACGCCCCGAGUCUCAACUCCCUCCAGGACCAGGCGUACCGAUCAGCUGUGGUCAUUGAGGGCGAGGUGCGCUCCUCCCCGGAGAACGUCUCCUCCCGCGAGCCAUACAGUGUGAAUGUCAAAGUGCUGGACGUGUGGCCCGUCAACAGCGGCGGCCUCGAGAGGGAGCAGCUCGUCACCGUCGGGGACUUUAGUUCCGAACCCCCAUGCACCACGGUGGAGAAGGACCACAGAUAUAUCUUUUUCAUGGACCCGACCGGGGAGCCCUACGUGUUCAAGGCGUCGUACGCCCCCGUGGAUGCCAGUGAGCCGGACCUCAAGAAGGAUGUGGAGAGAGUGUUGUGCGAGGACUGCGCCUCUGUUCCAAAGCUGCGACUGAUGCGAGGCCAGUCUCUGAUAGAAGGGGACAAACUGUACUUGAAGUGCGAGGCGUCAGGGAAUCCAAGUCCAUCCUUCCGCUGGUACAAGGAUGGACAUGAACUUCAGCGAGGGAGAGACCUCAGAAUAAAAACCAACAAAAAAAACUCCAAGGUGCUGAUCAGCCGAGUGCGCGUGGAAGACUCUGGAAACUACACUUGUGUGGCUGAAAACUCAGUUGGACAAGAAAACGUCACAAGUAUUAUCAGCGUGCACAUCUUAACCACCACCACCUUGUCCCCGGGUGUGAGUCAUGUGAGGCACUGCAACGACACGGAAAAGGCCUACUGCAUCAACGGUGGUGACUGUUACUUCAUACAUGGUAUUAACCAGCUUUCUUGCAAGUGUCCCAAUGACUAUACGGGGGACCGCUGUGAAAACUCCGUCAUGGCCGGUUUCUACAAGCUUCUCAGAAUUGAAUUUAUGGAGGCCGAGGAGCUUUACCAAAGGCGGAUGCUGACCAUCACAGGAAUCUGUGUGGCCUUGUUGGUGGUUGGCAUCGUUUGUGUGGUGGCCUACUGCAAAACCAAGAAGCACAGGAAGAAGAUGCAACAUCAUCUCCAUCAGAACCAGAACCAAUGUGUGGAGCAACCGAACCGCAUGCUGGCCAAUGGGCCCAAUCACCCCGGGCCUGGUCCCGAAGAAAUCCCCAUGGUUGAUGUGAGUCCAAACAGUAGAAACAUACAGCAAAGACAGGUACAGUACAUCUCCAAGAGUGUCCCGACUACAGAGUGUGUCAUCAGCCACGGCGCUGAAGGUGCUGGCAACUACGCAGGCAGCAGAAUGUCGACCCGCUCACAUCAUUCAACCACUGCCUCACAUGCAUCCAGACACGAGGAGCAGACGUGGAGCAUGGAGCGAACAGACAGCAUGAAUUCAGACUGCCAGUCUGGUGGCCUGUCCAGCUCUGUUGGAACCAGUAAAUGCAGUAGUCCAGCUUGCAUGGCAAGGAGAGCCCACUGGCGUAGUACAGAUGUCUUCAGUCCAGGAAUGCAGUAUGGAGAUUCCUACGACUCGCUAAGGGAUUCACCUCACAGUGACAGGUAUGUGUCUGCGCUGACCACACCAGCCCGCUUGUCUCCGGUGGAGUUCCACUACCCGUCGCUGCCGCCCCAGGUUCCUACCUUCCACAUCACAUCACCCAACACAAGCCAUGCCCUCUCCCUACCACCUGCUGCCACAGCCUACCACAGAGAUGACGACCAGCCGCUGCUAAGAUGCCCUGAUGAUCGCAGUUUGUACAGGCAGCCUCGACGACCGCGUCGGCCCUACCUGACAGAGAGCACAGGGAGUCUCCCAUCCAGUCCCUACCGUCUCCCCGAUGAAGAGGCCUAUGAGACCACGCAGGAGUACGCCUCCUCAAGGGAGCCCAUCCGAAGUCGACGGCGCCCGCGACGCAACCGCCUCAACGGACUCGUAUCUCAGAGGUCAGCGGGCUUACGGGACUACAGGUCACAGAGCUUCAGCCAAUCAGAGGAGGAAGAGGACGAGGAGGAGGAGGAGGAGGAGGAGGACGAAGCUCAAGGGGAGCGCACGCCUUUCCUCAGUAUGCAGAACAUGAACAUGGACCUGCCUUUGAGUGCGCCGGGUUUCCAUACAUCGUCAGGGGCCGACACACGGACUCACCGCGGGCUGAGUCGGCCGGGGAAUCGAAGCAACGGGCAUAGUCGUGGCUCACAGUCGCAGCGCUUCAAGUCAGACAACAUGCCCCUUUAAGACUACCGCCCCCCCAUCAACCCCCUUGCCCACACAUGCAGCCCUGCCCUCGCCCCCCCCCCCCCCCCUCCACACACACACACACACACAACAGUCCACUUCGCACACACCUCUUCCUUCUUCUGGACUAGAGACCUGCACCAAGGAGAAAUAUUUUUAUUUUGUAUAACAAACAGAUAUUGUUAACAAAUUAAAUAUUUAUUUUCAUUUCAGCAAAAAUUGUCUACUAGCUAACAGCAAAGACUUUUUUAUAACGGGGGGAAAUAUUUAUAUGUAAAGGUUUUUUGAUUUACAACGGUAUGAGAGAUGAAAAUAUGAGAAUACGUGCCAAUUUUUUUCACAAGUUAAAUAGAAUAAUAUUGUGGUGCCUUUUGCUGUAUGCUGAAGUCGGAGGUCCCAUUGAGUUUUGUAGCCUUUCUUAUGAAGACUUCUCAUUUUUAUAUAGACUGACCCUCUUCCUUACUUUUGCUUUGUUUUGUUUUUUUUCUCUUAUUUGGGAUCCUCCUCUUUUUGAACUGUGAUCUGAUUAUGUCAUUGUGCAAUAUUGAGUCCUUCUGUGUCAAAGGUGUCUGUUUACAUAGUUUUGAUUCACGCAAGGCGCUCAUCUCACAGACAGGGGUCACUGACGCAUUUGGGUGUGCUGGGUACUUUCGUCACUUUGCAUGAACAUGCAUCAUUCAUUUACAUUUCUGCUCACUGUCUUAUUUGUUUAUCCUGCGAGAAGUGGAACUGUGAACGGGGAUACGACGUCACACUCUCAUGGGCGUGAUCAGGGUGCUGCCAUAACACGGGUUGGCUUUGAGUAUGUGUGUACAGUGUGCGUGCAGCUCAUCGCGCCUCUUAUGGGUGAUGUCUUGUUUCACUAGCGCCUUCCUUUCACCAAUCCUCGCGCUGCCAGAAGCUCCAUUGCACUGACCCUUCCCUCGUGAGCAGGCAGGGAGCCGCCCACCGAAACCCACCAGUUGAAAUGCAGCCUGAUUCUGGCCUCCUGUGGACUGCCAAGCCCACAUAUUUCCUAUGCCAGCAGCUUAGAGCCGCACUGUGUCUCAGGACUUCCCCAUCACUUCAUCACAGUCAAAAGACUUGAGCGGAGAGAGCUCGUCAUGUCAACAACCUCUCAGUUCGCAGGCCAGAAUCAGCUCCCCCCUCACCCCCCUCUCCUUGACCAAAUCUGAUGCGUUCAGGUCAGGGCCACGGUUUAGAAUGUGGGCGGAGAAAAUGGAAGAUUCCUUUUGAUUUAUUUUAUUUUAUUUAUUUUUACAUCCAGAGGCUGUCGCGGUGUGAAAGUAGCCACGCAUGUUGCUCAUGAGACCACAUCUGUUCAUUUCUGAAGCAGGGGCGUAGCACAGAAUUCAAGGCUCACCCUGGGUUCAUUUCUAUUCGCACUACUGGGAUGUUUGAGAAAUUCUGAGAAGUCAUCACCUUUCGCUGCUCUCAUGGCAAUGAAAAUGAUUCAUAUUACGGCUGGCUGUACUUGUCAUUAAGCUCCAAGCCGAUCACUGGUUUAACGGUAAUUACUGCAUCCUUGAUAUGUAUUUCAAUCCUUUUCUUGGUAAACCUGUGUUGCUUGGUCAUGUUGACUGAAUGCUGCAUUCUCCGUAUGACUCCGCCUGCCCCUUCCGCCAUUCCCACAUAUUCACAUGUGUUUCUUUACCCCUUUGGACACCUUCAGAAGCAUUGGUGAAUCAAGGCCCCAUCUUAUGCACAGUAUAAUCGUAGGGUGAUGACGCCAGAAACAUUUUGAAUAUGUACAAUGCAUUGGGUCUCGCGAGUCCUCCAGGUUCAACGUGUUAAAUUACAUUAAUCUUCACACUCCUAUAUUGUUUUCACCCGGGAGAUGCAUGCAUCACGGCAAAAAGUAUUUUUAAAAAGAGGAAUCCCUUCAAAUUCAUGGGCUAUCAUAUGAGAAUGAUCAAUAUAAAAACAUGAUUCGGCUUCACGGCUCUGAGUUCUGCCUAGUUUUGUCUAAUCACUGUAAUCAGUCUUGGAUUUGCAAUGUGGAAAUAACUAAGUGAGGAUAGCGUGCGUCUAGACCUAGUUGAAUUAUGAACACUCCCACCCUCUUUCUACUCAUCUUAUACCCCUCCAACAUUGACUUACACUCAUUUCAUUCAGCACUGAGCAACAACACUUACAAGUACGAGGACACACACAAACACAUGCAAUGCCCUUCCAUAUUUGUGUAUGUCACGCAGUUUGGCUCUAUCAUAUAUAUUUUUUUCAACCAAGUCCUUUCUUCUCCUCCCCCCUGCAUGUCCUAGUGGUAAUGGUAGUUGGGUGCAUGGAUUAAGCAGUCAGCAAACUGUUUCUUUCUCUUUUUCCACUUGGUGAAAAAAUGUAUAUUCAUUUUAACAUUCAGCAAUAAAUCCCCUUAUCUUCAUGUC